AGGCGCGCCCAGUCAUUUGUUUCUCUGCUGCGCUGCUUGAGCACAGAAAAACAUGGCGACGUCCCUGAUUUGUGGCCGGUUGUCCGCUGGACUGAGGAAUUCCGGCUCCAGGACGAAUUUAAGCUCGGCAGCUAAGGUGUUCGGUGGGACAUCAGGUCUAUUUGGUAAUCAUGGGAACCAGUGGUCUCCAAUGCUGUCAGUGCAGCAGCAGAGGAACCUCUCCCUGCAUGAAUACAUGAGCAUCGGACUGCUGAAGGAAGCGGGCAUCUCUGUGCCUGCGGGUUUGGUGGCCAGCACGCCUGAUGAGGCUUAUGCUGUUGCCAAGCAGAUCGGCUCUAAAGACCUGGUGGUUAAAGCCCAAGUGUUGGCGGGUGGUCGAGGCAAAGGCUCUUUUGAGGGAGGAUUGAAAGGCGGAGUACGAAUUGUUUACUCACCAGAGGAAGCGAGAGAUAUCUCCUCUAAGAUGAUUGGCAAGAAGCUGUUCACUAAGCAGACCGGAGAGGCAGGGCGGAUCUGUAACCAGGUGUUUAUCUGUGAGCGCAGAUACCCACGCAGAGAGUAUUAUUUUGCCAUCACCAUGGAGAGGUCCUUCCAGGGCCCUGUACUGAUUGGCAGUUCUCAGGGAGGCGUGAACAUUGAGGAUGUGGCUGCAGAGAAUCCCGAUGCCAUUGUGAAAGAGCCUAUUGAUAUCAUGGAGGGAAUAAAGAUGGAUCAGGCUAUUAAGGUGGCAGAGAAGAUGGGUUUCCCCCCUGCAUUGAUCAAUGAAGCUGCAGAAAACAUGUUGAAACUUUAUGAUGUGUUCAUCAAGUAUGAUGCAUCUAUGGUAGAGAUCAACCCAAUGGUGGAGGAUUCAUCUGGCAUUGUGAUGUGUAUGGACGCUAAGAUCAACUUUGACUCAAAUGCUGCCUAUAGACAAAAGAAAGUGUUUGACAUGCGAGACUGGACCCAGGAGGACGUCAGAGACAGAGAGGCAGCCAAAGCAGACCUCAACUACAUCGGCCUAGAUGGCACUAUCGGCUGUCUGGUCAAUGGGGCUGGACUUGCUAUGGCAACUAUGGACAUCAUUAAACUGCAUGGCGGAACACCUGCUAACUUCCUGGAUGUUGGAGGCGGAGCCACUGCACAGCAGGUGACAGAGGCCUUCAAGCUCAUCACAUCUGAUAAAAAGGUCCAAGCUAUUUUGGUGAACAUCUUUGGUGGCAUCAUGCGGUGUGAUGUCAUCGCACAGGGCAUUAUUAUUGCUGUAACUGACUUAGAACUGAAAAUCCCCAUCGUAGUGCGGUUACAAGGAACAAGAGUAGACGAUGCCAAGGCUCUGAUCGCUUCCAGCCCUCUGAAGAUCCUGGCCUGUGAUGAUCUGGAUGAGGCGGCCAAAAUGGUUGUAAAGCUUUCUGAAAUUGUAUCAUUGGCUAAAGAGGCCCAGGUUGAUGUCAAGUUCCAGCUGCCCAUCUAACAAAGCAAACCUACAAGCCACAUCACUAUUCACACCAUCUUACAUGAACUGAAUCUAAGCCCAG